AGCUGUUUAGACGUACGCGAGUGGUUCUGUGAUGACUAUAUUGGAACACAGCGUGAUGCGCGCGCCGCCGCAGGGCGCGGUGCCGCUGAGCGCGGUGACGCGCUGGGCGCAGGUGUCGCACGCGCCGCUCACCGACUACAAGGGCAAGGCGCCGCCGCUGCACGCCUACCCCGUGUUCCCGUACGAUGACGUCAUUAACAACCGGUUCGCUAUAUGGCAAGGUGACAUAUCGACGCUCGAAGUGGACGCGAUUACGAACACAAGCGACGAAACGCUGACGGAGUGCAAUGCGAUCAGCGAACGCAUCAUGGCUGCCGCUGGACCAGAUCUUAAAGAGGAGAUUAUAACUAGAGCUCAUGAAUGCAGAACCGGCGAGGUGCUAGUGACGCCGGGGUUCAUGCUGCGCUGCCGGCACGUGAUACACACGGUCAGCCCCAAGUACGUGGCCAAGUACCACACGGCGGCGGAGAGCUCGCUGCACAAUUGUUACAAGAACGUUCUGCACGCGGCGGGCGAGCUGCGCGCGCGGUCUCUGGCGCUGUGCGUCAUCAACACGCCGCGCAGGAACUUCCCGCCUGAUGUCGCCGCGCAUGUUGCGUUGCGCACGAUCCGGCGCUACCUCGAAGCGAACCCGUUGCCCACGCUCGUGGUACUGGCUGGCGCGUGCGGGGCGGAACUGGCGCCAUUCGCUGCACUGGCGCCGCUGUACUUCCCCCGAGCGGCCGGCGAAGCGGACGCAGCUCGCUGGGCGCUGCGGCCGCACGCCGACCCGCCCGAGCGCCGCAUCCGCAUCAUACACAACCCGCACUCACACAGCGCGCCCGUGGACGACGACGCAUCAACAUGCGACGAAGAACUCGCGGCCGAAGCAGCGGCGGCGUUCGCGCGCGCUGCGCCCGACACGCAGCGCCUGCUGCCCGGCCGCGACCCGCCGCACAGACCGCGCGCGCACACCUCCGACGAAUACGAGCGUCUGCUCCGACGCGCGCGAAGCGAGGACCUCAGCGAGGUGUCGGGGAUCGGCUGCUUGUACCAGAGCGGAGUGGACCGGCUCGGCAGGCCCGUUGUCGUGUUCAUUGGCAAGUGGUUCCCGAUCGCUGAUAUUGAUCUGGAUAAGGCGCUGCUGUACCUGAUCAAGCUGCUGGACCCGAUCGUGCGCGGCGACUACGUGAUCGCGUACUUCCACACGCUGGCCUCCAGCGGCAACCACCCGCCCUUCUCCUGGCUCAAGGAGGUCUACACCGUGCUGCCUUAUAAAUAUAAGAAGAACUUGAAGGCGUUUUACAUUGUACAUCCCACGUUUUGGACAAAAAUGAUGACGUGGUGGUUCACAACGUUCAUGGCGCCGGCGAUCAAGGCGAAGGUGCACACGUUGCCCGGCGUCGAGUUCCUCUACAGCGUGAUGCAGCCGCACCAGCUCGACGUGCCCGCCUUCGUCACUGAGUACGAUAUGACGAUAAACGGUAUCCACUACUUCCAGCCGGACACGAACAACACGUAACUCGACGGCGCUGUGGCCUGUGACGUCACCAUUAUCAUUACCGACUGACCAAAUUACUACUUCUCUAUAUUCGUGAUUUUUUUUCUAAAUAAAGAAUUAUUAUUGUAGUUCCAGUUGUCAAAAGGCAAAGGUCUAUUCUCAAACAGCCUAGUCAAAUGUCAAAUUUGCUGUCAAAUGUCAAAAACGUUGUAGAUGUGACGUGACGUCACACACACUGUACUGACCAAAUUUAUG